AUGGCUUUCCACGCAAGUGGGCUGCCGAGCAUUGCAUCAGCGACCUCGGACCUGUGGCCAUCACUCGCCAACACGCUGGCCAUCCCCUUCAGAGGCCCAAAAUGCAGCUCGCCAGCCCCCAGCAAGCAUCUUAACUCGGCGAAUGCCCCUCCCGCCGCUGCCGCCCCCGUCGUCGCCGCUGCCGGCCUGGUCGAAGCGGCCGUGAGAUCUCAUCUUCCUGACUUCCUCCGCGACGCCCCUGUCCCGACCCCGCGCUUCCUCGACCGCGGUCUAGCGAACGCUAGCCCGGUCAACAUCUUCUCGGAAAUCUCCCACAUGUCGUCCCGCUCUCUCGCCAUGGCGAACCCGCUGUUCCGUCGGUCGUAUGCGGCUCUGAUGUCCCGUCCGCUGUCGACGCUGCCCGGCUGCCGCUACAUGAGCACCUACCAGCCCAGUCGCAUGCAGCAGUUCUCUUGGAUCCAGCCCCUGAGUGUCUCUCGCAACGUCCAGCGCCGUUCCCUGCACCACGGCGGCAUCCCGCGCGACCUCCUGGCCGCCCGUGAGGCCGCGGCGAACCGCAACCCGAACAGCGCUUCGGCUCAGGCGUCGUUCUACCAGCUCCUCCUCAAGGCUAAUCUCCCUGCCAUUGUCGUCGAACGUUAUCAGACCGGCCGCUUUGCCACCAACGAGGCGACCGAUGAGGCUUAUCGUCAGGCUCUGGCUAUGCUCAACGCUUCUGCUGGUUCCGGUACUGGUGCUACGGUUGAUUCGAAUGCUUAUGGCUCCGGUCUGAGCCCCAGCACGCUCCAGGCCGUCGGUCAAGCGGUCGCGGCUCAUCGCACCGGUGGCAACACGGCCUUCUCGGCCCAGGCUCCCAAUGGCACGAAGAGCGGUCCGCUGCACGUCAUCGUCGACGAGACUACCGGUUCAGCCUUGCUUCGGUGGAUCAAGUUCUUCCUGUGGUUCGGUCUCUGCGCGUACAUCAGCAUGGUCGUCAUCACCAUGGUCGUCGAGGGCUUGUCCAGCAUCAAGCGUCCUGGCGCUAAGCUGACCGACAUCGAGGCCAAGGCUGAGCACCAGAAGGCCCGCUUCUCUGACGUGCACGGCUGCGACGAGGCUAAGGAAGAGCUUCAGGAGCUUGUUGAGUUCCUCAAGAACCCCGAGAAGUUCAGCGCCCUGGGCGGCAAGCUGCCCAAGGGCGUCCUGCUCGUCGGUCCUCCCGGUACUGGCAAGACCCUUCUGGCUCGUGCUGUCGCUGGUGAAGCUGGUGUUCCCUUCUUCUUCAUGUCCGGUUCUGAGUUCGACGAGAUUUACGUCGGCGUUGGCGCUAAGCGCGUUCGUGAGCUCUUCCAGGCGGCAAAGGCCAAGGCUCCUUCGAUCGUUUUCAUCGACGAGCUGGACGCCAUCGGCGGCCGCCGCAACUCCCGCGAUGCUACCUACGUCCGCCAGACGCUGAACCAGCUGCUCACCGAACUCGACGGUUUCGCCCAGAACAGCGGUGUCAUCAUCCUGGCUGCCACCAACUUCCCCGAGUCUCUGGAUAAGGCGCUUACCCGUCCUGGUCGUUUCGAUCGUCAGGUCGUUGUGCCCCUGCCCGACGUGCGCGGUCGCAUUGCCAUCCUGAAGCACCACGCCAGCAAGAUCAAGAUGGGCAAGGACGUUAACCUCGAGCACAUCGCCCAGCGCACGCCCGGUCUCUCUGGUGCCGAGCUGGAGAACAUUGUCAACCAGGCUGCGAUCUACGCGAGCAAGAACAAGGCCAAUGCUGUCACGCAGGCGCACUUUGAGUGGGCCAAAGACAAGGUCAUCAUGGGCGCCGAGCGCAAGAGCAUGGUCAUUACCGCUAAGGAGAAGGAGAUGACGGCCUACCAUGAGGCCGGUCACGCUCUCGUCGCCUACUACUCGAAGGAUACCUCCGGCCAGCUCUACAAGGUGACUGUCCUGCCGCGUGGUAGGUCGCUGGGUCAUACGGCUUUCUUACCUGAGAUGGAUAAGUAUGCCUGGUCGGUCAAGGAUUAUCUUGGUUUGAUCGAUCGUGCUAUGGGCGGCAAGGUCGCUGAGGAGAUUGUUUAUGGUCAUGAUCUUGUGACCUCUGGUGUCAGCGCUGACCUCGACCAAGCAACCCGCACCGCCUGGAACAUGGUCGCGCGCCUAGGCAUGUCCCAGCGCCUGGGACCCGUCGAGUACCUCCGCAACUACAACUCCCUCUCCUCCGAGACCCGCGCCAUGGUCGAGGCCGAGGUGAAGCGUGUCCUGGAUGAAUCGUACGCCCGCGCCCGCGCCCUCCUGCUUGAGCACCGCAAGGAGCUGGACCUGCUCGCCAAGGCCCUGGUCGAGUACGAGACGCUGGAUCGCAGCGAGGUGGAGAAGGUUAUUCGCGGCGAGAAGCUCGAGGGACGCAUCCCUGUCCCCCCUGGCCCGAUGAGUGUGCCCAAGCCGGAUGAGUCCGAGUCGGUUAAGCCUGGGCUGGGGGGCAUUAUUCCCAUCCCGGGGAAGGGCGCGGGGAAUGGAAGCGGGAAUCCCCCGCCCGCGCCGCCCCCGCCUGCUCCGGCGAGGGAGGGCACGGAGGAGAGUAAGAGGAUAAUGGAGGAGGGGGAGGAUGGAAGGAUAGAUGAGUGA